GCGAGUGUAAGAUUGGAAGACGAGCAGGAAUAAAUACACGUUACAAUAAAUAACUCUAUACUCAUUUCACUACCUAUAACCCUUCAGGUUAUGGGCCCAGGCACGCUUUAGUGCGCGAAAAAUAAAGGUUAUCGGUGGCGAAACCUAGUGAAAAGGAAUACGACGAGAGAAAAAACGAGGAGAAAAGAUGAGUAAGUAAUAAGAAUAAAAAGUGAUUAGAAUAAGAAAAGUGGGGAAAAUAGUGAAGGAAAAGUGGGGAAAAACGCUAAAUAAAAUCGGCGGGAACGGUGGGGACGCCAGAAAGGAAAAAUGGCGGUGGGCGUUGGGCAAGGGGGAAAACCAACGCGUCAUAGGGGAGAGGGAAUGGGAAAGUAGUUCCCUCAGCAACAGGCGGGCAAUAUGGAAGCGCGGAGGGAUAUGUGGUUAGAAAACCAGUGCCGGAAUGAGGCAAGGGGCGAAAAAUAUUUCGAUGGAACAAAAAAGGGCCGUAACAAGAGAAAAUUAAAGAAAUUAACUGAAAUAAAUAAUCUUGCCAGGUCACGUAGAAAAUCAAAAGGAUUGAUUAUAAAUAAAUAAAAUAGACAAGUUGGGUCAGAAAGACAGAUAAUUCGAUUUUAAUGGAAAAUUAGACAGUUCGAAGGAAAGAACAAAAGUCUAAAUAAACUAACCCAAAAAUUAUCACAGGUGAGACGUUGAGGAAGCUCUGGGAUGAGCUAACAGAAAUAUUUGGCUUAAACAGCCUUCAUAAAGGGCAGGACGCGAUAAUUUGCGUUGACAACAAUACGCUAACAAUCAAGCUGGAAAAUAUAAAAUACAAGAUCGGGGCUAAGAUGCUAGCAGAUGCUCAGUGGGGAGCCGUGGAGGAAUGACACGAGCAAUGUGUUCUAAUGAACAUACCAUCAAUGGUACCCACAAAGCAUGAACAUCCGCAGACCAAGACUGGGGAACACGAAGGGUUAAAGGACGUGGUGAGUAAAGACGAGGGUGAGGAAAUUCGACGGGUCGGUGAGAAUUUGGACGGAUACGAGGGAACUGGAAGGGCAGGAAACCCAGUGUUAUUAAAUACUCUCAAGUCAGUGGAAGAUAAAUUAAAAACCACAAUUGGAAAAUUGAACAGCGUACUGGAAACGCUGAAAGACAUUGCAAAACUACAGUCCAAUACGACCAGUCUUAUGUGGUCAAGGAUGGGCGAGUUGCAAUUGGAGGUUAGGGAGUUGAAGACUCGCAGGGACGAGAAAAUCACCAAGAUCGAUGAGAGAACGACACGAAUCGAAGAGAAUUUGGAAAAUUUGAUGAGGUGGACUGAGUCAGAGGACCAGUCAGAACAGGAAGAGGCUACCAGGAAACAGACUGGAACGAACUUGGCCGAGGUUAAGACCGCAAAUCUGGCACAGGGUGAGAUACGGUGCUACAGUUGCGGCGAUAAAGGGCACAUCGGGAAGGACUGCCCAGGAAGAGGGAAGGGCAAAUUGUGCUACAAAUGCCACAAGUAUGGGCACACCAGAAUCGAGUGUCCCGACUCAGGUGAGAAUAGUUACAAGCCUUUGUAUAAGUUCAAUAAUACACGUGGCAGAGGUGGUUUCCGUGGAUCUGGGAGGGUAUUCGGUGCGCUCAAAAGGAGGUUAGAAAAUAAGGAUGAGAAUGGGCCAGGGAAAGCAAAAAGGGGGAGAUUCGACAGAACGAGGGGACGAGGAAGCUAUGGAGCUACAAGUAGCCAAGGAAAGGCGAAAGCGAAUAUGGAGCUGAACAAGGACAAGGGUGAGUCAAAUCAUUUAAACAAUAUUGAAUUAAACAAGGGGAACGCGCUGAACAUUGACGUACAAAAUCAGGAAGGUAAAUUUAUCACAAAGUUCUUAGCUGACUCAGGAGCAACGGAACAUUUGACCUAUUCGAAAUUAAUAUUCAGAUCGCUCGAUGAGAAAAAUAAAGGAAUUAUUAAAUGUACUAACAAAAAUGAGACGGCAGACUUAAGAACGGAGGGAGUGGGCGAGAUUGAAAUAGAAUUGUUAAACGGACAAAAGUAUGUGAUAAACGAAGUUGUUGGAAUUCCUGGUAGUCGGCAGGUCCUCACCAACACAAGCAUGUCAGCUCACCGUUAGGCUAGACCAAAACAAAUCGGUCGUUGCCAUGAGCCUACCUCACAUUUUUUCGGUGAUGGGGCGCCACUUCCGGGACCGCUCCUCGCUAUCCUGCAUAGGAAAGCUGCCCCCACCACCAACUACGAGGAUCCGAAAAUCGAGCCGUCCCAUCGAUCGGGCGAAUCGCUCGUUCACUUUUUCCCGGAUUGCUUAGUCUGCAACACGCG